CCUGCAAGGCUGUCUUCUAUUUCUGAGGAUUGUUUUAAUUUCUCAUGAUUUCUCAGGCCACUUUCUCAGGCGAGACUGAGAGAGCUCUGCGGCCUGCUCUUCCACAGGCACUGUGCUCCCUGCUUUUGCUCAUAUUUACAAUCCGUAGUCCCUCCCAACAUUUAACACUCAAUGAUUCCAUAAUUCACACUAUGACAAAUCCAGAGCCCGCAAAAACAAUCAGCAGAGGAGACAGGGUGUACGAUGCUUUUCUAUAUCUAUUAAACAGCACCUACCCGGGCCUUCCCCGCUCGGCCCGUAGCCGGGCAGCGGCCGCGCCCCGGAACCGGCUGUCGGGGCCGGGUUGUCACCGGCAAUAGUGUCCGCCGGGCCGGAGCGCGGAGCAGGGAGCGGCGGCGGGGCUGCGGGAGGCGGUGCGGGAGGCGAUGCGGGAGGCGAUGCGGGAGGCGAUGCGGGAGCCCGGCGGGAGCUGCGGGGAGAUGGCGGAGCGGGAGCGGCAGGAGCGGCUGCGGGAGGCGGCGGCCCUCGGCGAUGCGGAGGAGGUGCGGCGGCUCGUGGAGCUGGGGGUCGGCCUCAACUCCCAGAAUGAAGUCAACGGAUGGACCUGUCUGCACUGGGCCUGUAAGCGGAACCACGCGGCGGUUGUGGCUUAUCUGCUGCAUGCUGGGGCUGACAAGGACAUCCUGACGAAGAAAGGGGAGAGGCCAGCCCAGUUAACAUCCAAGAGAGAGAUCAGGAAGAUGUUGGGAGUGGAAGAUGAACUCCCAGACUUGAAGCAAGAUUCAGAUCUGCCAAUCGUCCCCAAUUACCUGGCUAACCCACCUUUCCCAUAUGUUUACACCUCAAGUACCAGCGUUCCAGAUCUUGCCCUGAAUGGGAAUGUCUCACACCUGGAAGCACAAGACAUCAUCUCUCCAUCUGUACCUGACUCUGACACCUACAGACGAGCACAAGGACCAUUGCAGCCCGGGAACAAUGCUCCUGAGGUGCCUCCUAAUGGGGACAUCCCACCCCUGCCUCGAGGGUCUGCUGGGCCAUCACACCCAAAUCCUCUCCUCCAGAGAGCUCCUGUUUACCAGGGCUCAGUGUCCUGGGGGAGAAGCCCCUCUUCACCAGCAGGAUCCAACCAAUUCCUACCCCAGCAAGGGAACAGCUCCUGCAUGGGGCCUGUGCCAGCCUUUCAGCCUGUUUUCUUCACAGGAGCUUUUCCACCCAACGUGCAAGAACUGGUGCUUAAAGUGAGAAUAAAAACCCCUAAUCUUAGAGAAAAUGACUUCAUUGAAAUUGAACUGGACAGACAAGAACUGACCUACAAGGAGCUGCUCCGAGUGAGUUGCCGUGAGCUGGGUGUGAACCCCGAGCACGUCCAGAAGAUCAGAAAAUUACCAAAUACAAUGUUAAGAAAGGACAAGGAUGUUGCAAGGCUACAGGAUUUCCAAGAACUGGAGCUUGUUCUAACAGUAAGCGACAAAAACUUACUUUUCAGAGUCCCAACACUUUCUGACAGUGGGUAUAACAAGAAGGCAUCAGAACUUAUGUACUAAUUAAGGAAUAAACCAAAAUAUUUUUAUCUUUCAUUUUACAAUUGGGUUUGAAAAACAGUAUCUAAAAGGGCUAAUGAUGUGAAAAAAUCUAUUUUGUUAACCAUGAAAUAAACUGAAGUGGUUAUGCACAUUUACAGCUUCUAGUUAAUCUAUGAACAGUGAGUGUGGUAUAAAAGUAGCUCAAUGCACAGGAAGUAUUGGUAGAACUAUCUGUUAAUGCAACUCUUCCUUACACAAAGGUAAUGAAAUACUGCAGAGUUAGCAGCUCUCAGGGAAAGGCUUACUUUAAGCUGUUCUAAUAAUUUGUUUGCUAUAAAAUAGCAGAGGUAGUUGAGCUAAAGAACCUGCCAUGAAGCCCAUUUAAUAUUUGUACUGAGUCCAUUACCAUCAAUGUUCUCUUUUUAGAUCAUGCUUAUUAAGUCCUAUCUUACUUAGAGGGGAAAAAAAACCCCGGAAGGGUUUAAAUCUAUAGAAGCACAAAACUAUGUCAAGUUUAAAUUCUAUCAAGUGACUUAUUACCUGUGAUUUCUUAAUCCCUGUUUACACUUUUCCCUGUUUCUCAGGUUGAAAAUAAAAGUGACAGUAAUUAUUCAAAUAAUAAAUAUAUACUCUCAACCAAAAUCCCUUUUAGUGUUGUCUGUGAGUGUAUACAUGAGCAAUUGACAUGUGCAAUUUAAUAUACUAUUUUUGUUACUGUGUUGACAUUUCUUCAAUGCUGCUUUAAUUUCCCCUUUUAAAAGCACAAAAAGUGUAAUUUUAUUUUCCUUUGACCUACUUAACUGAGAAAAACUGCAUCCUGAACCUAUAGUUACCUGUGUAAAAAGAAACUAGUGAAUACCCAGGGUUCUCUGGGCUGAUAGCCAAUCUUGAUGUUCCUAUGCAAUGUAUUUUCUUUUUUUCACCGUAACUUGUGUUUACCCAUGUAGUUUACUGAAAAGAAAAUCACAGUUACUUAAAAGUCAGAAUUUGAUUACUUUGCUGUGAAAUUCUCAAAUAAAGAAAUUGAAAAGUA